AUGAGUCAAGGACUUGAAGUAAACAAGUCACCUAGCUUUAAAGUGACCUUGAAAUUAGCUGAAGCACUUGAUAUGCAGCCUCCUGUAAUGCCAGAGGAUGGCCACACAACACGGCUUACUAGUGGCGAAGAGACGGUUUCUUCUGCUUCUGGGAAAGAUUCUUCUGUUGAACCCGUAUGGGAUGAUGAAGACACAAGGGCUUUUUAUGAAUGUUUUCCAGAUCUUAGAGCUUUUGUUCCUGCUGUGCUUUUGGGAGAAACAGAGCCAAAAGUCAAUGAGCAAUCUGUGAAGAGUCAAGACCAACCAACUGAAAUAUUACCUGAAUCAGACAAAAGCCAACUGAUCACCUUUGAAAGUGGAGAGGGCUCCACAGAGUCUAAUGUUUUACCAGAGGGAGAAAGCACUGAGAGAGUGGAUGAUAAAGAAGAAAAAGAAAAGUCUAAAGAUUUGGACAUAGACAAGGAAAAAGAAAAAGAGAAUGAAAAAAAAGGGGAAAAUGACAAAGAGAAACUCAGAAGUGUUGAAGGAACAAAUUUGGAUGCUCUAUUGCAGAGGCUUCCGGGUUGUGUGAGCCGGGACCUUAUAGAUCAAUUAACAGUAGAGUUCUGUUAUCUAAAUUCAAAAUCAAAUCGGAAAAAGCUUGUGAGGGCUUUGUUCAGUGUUCCAAGGACUUCUCUAGAGCUGCUAGCGUAUUACUCACGCAUGGUUGCUACACUCUCAACUUGUAUGAAGGAUGUCUCCUCUCUUCUAUUGCAGAUGUUGGAGGAGGAGUUCAACUUCUUAAUAAAUAAAAAGGACCAGAUGAAUAUUGAGACAAAGAUCAGGAAUAUCAGGUUCAUUGGAGAACUUUGCAAGUUCAAAGUUGCCCCUGCUGGCCUGGUCUUCAGUUGUUUGAAGGCCUGUUUAGAUGAUUUUAGUCAUCACAACAUUGAUGUAGCUUGCAACCUUCUUGAAACAUGUGGUCGUUUUCUGUAUCGUUCUCCAGAAACUAGUAUACGCAUGGGUAACAUGUUGGAAAUGAUGCUCUUGCCGUUUAUAGUGCAGUUCAUACUGCACGCGAAAUUGCUAUAA